AGAUCGAAAAUUAUAUAAACUGGGAUUAAAAGGAUUUUAUGUCAAAGAUGACAAUGACAGUACAGGGGAAGAACAAGCAUCCGAGGAGGAGAACCGUUGUCCCAGUGUGACAUUAAAGGCAGAUACUAAUCAUGCUCUCGACCUGGAAGAAGUUGAGCUAGACUCGGAGGCUGAGCUUAUGAAGAGUAUGGGAUUGCCUCUUCAGUUUGGUGGGCAGUCAGCCCGCAGGGACUGUGUGGCAACAGAAAAUAAUAGAAAGAGAAGUAACAUGAAGAUCAUGAAGAAGAAGAAGAAGAAGAAAAAAGAGUUACAGCAAAAGCAUGAGGAUAAAAUGGGGCAGGAACGCCAGGAUCAAGUUUGUGGUGGUCAUACCCAGUCUGGUUCUGGUGAAGUGGCCCUACCUACAGAGCAAUGUGAGAAGAGCAGCGAACCUCAGGGUGUAAGUGAAGGGAACUGUGAAAGUUCACAAAGUCUUGCAAAUGAGGCUUUACCCAGUGAACUUAAAGAAAAAUGGGAGAAGUACUGGAGUGAGUAUGGAGAGGGCCUUCUUUGGCAAAGUUGGUUGGAGAAGCAUCGAGAGGUCUCAUCAUCUGAGGCCAUCACAGCCUCUGAGCCUUGGAAUAGUCCAGACACCAAGGAAGAGUGGGAGCAGCAUUAUAGCGAACUGUACUGGUAUUACUGGGAACAGUUUCAGUACUGGACAAGUCAAGGAUGGACUACUGAGAGCUCACGCAGUGACAACUUGGAAACUAAUGGGGUUACCCAGGAGAUGGGCGUUUUGGGAAAAAUGGACUUGGUUAGCUCAGGGGCUGAACUCAGUGAAGUGCUGAGCUUGGAGCUGAGUCCCUCUAACACCAGAAGUGAGGAAACACUUCCUUCAAGUGCUGAGCCCCACAGUGAAAUAAUCUCUGGGAUUUGUAAUUUAAAUCUGAAUUUGGAGGAAGUGGAGCAGAGCUGUGCAGCUCUAGCAGUAGCCCACCAAGGUCCUCAAGAGCGUAGUUCAUCUGACAGUGAAAGCCAGAAGGAGCCCUGUGAUGGAGGAACCAGGAAAAGGAGUGCAUCUUAUGAAAAUAAAAGUAUUAACCAGUCAGGUUCACAGGGGUCAUGUAGCUCGAAUUCAAAUGACAAAGAACAGUUGAUGCUUCGUGACAGAGAUGAAGAUGAGGAUGAAGAGCCUCCUGAAUACAGACGUGCCAAAGUCAAGAGAAGCCAUGAACUGGAUGUGGAUGAGAACCCAGUGGAAGAUCCUGAGGAAACCUGCUCUGUUUUGGGUCUCAAGUGUGGCACAGGACAAAAGUAUGGUGGAAUAUCAGAUUUCACCCACCGGAGUGUGCAGUACUUGGAGAAAAAAGCAAAACUCAAGUCCAAAUUCUUGGAUAUGCGUAAACCAAGGAAGAGCAAAAACACACACAUCUUCUUUACAGAGGAAUCUGAAAUAUCUUGCAAAAAAAAUAAAACCUUGAAGAAGGUGGAAGAGUUCCUAAAGCAGGUUAAUCAACCUGGGGAGGAAGCCACAUCCCAGACAGCAUCUCCUCAGGGCAGAGUGGAGGCGUUGUCCUCGGGCAGCGACUCGGAGCAUCAGGAAAGCGUUUCUACCGCGCAGACUGCGACACUGAACGCCGAAAACCAGAAGCCACCAUCUUCCAGUGAGACCCUCGCAGAACCCAGAGGGAGCAACCUUGAGGAGGAAGCGCCAGACGCGGCAGCGAGCGGCUCUGAUGGCCAGGGCACGGGGAGGCAGGAGCAGGGCUGCGGGCGGCAGCUGGUGUCUCUGGAUAUUCCCGAUUAUCUCCGGGCAGAGACAGAGGACGUCAGCCAAGCUGUAGAUGAAAAAAUAACCGCAAAGAAGAAGGAGAAAAAAAGGAGAAGGAGGAAGAAAAUUGCGCUGGGAGCUAUACCUGCUGAGAUUGCUGCUGAUCCGGAGCUGGCCAAGUACUGGGCACAACGCUACCGGCUGUUCUCUCGGUUUGAUGAGGGAAUUAAACUAGACAGAGAGGGUUGGUUUUCUGUUACUCCUGAGAAAAUAGCUGAGCAUAUUGCUGUCCGUGUUAGUCAGUCGUUCAAUUGCGGUAUCAUAGUGGAUGCGUUCUGUGGGGUUGGAGGAAACGCUAUUCAAUUUGCAUUGACUUCAAAAAGAGUGAUCGCUAUUGAUAUCGAUCCUGAGAAGCUCAGUCUUGCACGCAACAAUGCUGAGGUGUAUGGCGUGGCAGAUCAGAUAGAAUUCGUGUGCGGAGACUUCAUGGUGCUGGCUGCCGACCUGCAAGCAGAUGUGGUGUUCCUCAGCCCUCCCUGGGGGGGGCCUGACUAUGCCACUGCCGAAAUCUUCGAUAUCCAAACCAUGAUUUGCCCAGAUGGAUUCGAAAUUUUCAGGCUUUCCAAGAAGAUCACCAACAAUAUUGUGUAUUUUCUACCUCGGAAUGCUGACAUUGACCAGGUGGCUUCGUUAGCAGGGCCAGGAGGGAAGGUUGAAAUAGAACAAAAUUUUCUCAAUAACAAACUGAAGACAAUAACUGCUUAUUUUGGUGAUCUAAUAAGGCAUGACGUCUCCUGAACUCCGUGUGGAUUCUUCCAAACCCAACCUCCCUGGCUGUUGCUUUGCUUAAGCUUUUGUACAGCUGGCUGGUCAAAAAUGACUUAAAGCCAUUUUCCGCUUUAAUUUCUGUUUACAGAAAUUUAUUGUGUUUUUUGCUACUGUCAAUAAAUGUUUUAUAAUAAUUUUG